GUAAGCAGCUGUCCUCUCGAACUUAGCGUUUGUCAUGAAAAGGGAGCUCGUGGAUACGAAUGCGGCGUUUGGUAGGAGUAAAAAAAUGAUUUGUGAAAGUAAUCAGACGACAAUUCAAACGUAAUGACGACCAUGACAUUCCAUCGGGGACAAAUGGAGUAUAUACAACCGCCGCAGAAUUCUCAGGAAAUCCAACCCUCUCCUCUGGCCCUGCUAGCUGCGACUUGUAGCAAGAUCGGACAAGGAUUUGAAGCGCCUCAGAAUAUCCUACAAGCGCCGAUCAACCAACUAGACACACACCAAGAGUUCGCGACCUCGUGGGUUUCGGAACAGAACGGAUCGUCGCAUACAAAUGACGAUGUUUACAACUCCAAUACACCAAACGUUCUCCAAACGCAAAAUCACUCCAACACGGGUCUAUAUGCCUCCAUAAACCAGGUGGAACAAGGCCAGAUGUAUUAUGCAACCGUUACAUCAAGUCCUGUUGUUCUUUCACAACAAGGACUUGUAACAAACACCGAAGCCAGCGUUAAUCUCGCAUAUACUCCGGAAUACGACUUGUCUAAAACGGUAGAUGGAGUAUGGACGGUAAAAUCCGACUCAGGAGAAAAUAACACUGCGAUCGGAGCACAGUGGUGGCAAGGAAAGCCUUUAUCUUGGGCUAAAAGCGCAAGUAGUCCUUCGCAUCAAUUUGUAGUGUCGCCUUCGUACUCAACAACAGUGGGAACUAGCGACGCUGGUAUGUCUAUUAUUGAGCAACAGGGACAAGAAGCGGCAGUUGACAACAACGCACAGAAUCCUGCCUACGUUCAAGUUACAAGGACACCACAAGGGCAGAUAAUUUUAACUCAAGAAAGCACAGAACCGAAUAAAUGGCUCUCCACUGGAACGGUUAACGUCAUCGCUGCCGCAUCAAACGCUGCGAACGGAAACGCAGCUAUUCAGGUACAGGUUCAUCCAGAAUCUCCGCAAGAUGCUCAAAAUGUCAGCGUUAAUGUUGGACAAGGGAGCAAUCGGCGGCUUCGACGGGUCGCCUGUACUUGUCCUAAUUGCAGAGAAGGUGAAGGAAGAACAGCUGAUGGUCGUAAACAACACAUCUGUCAUAUUCCAGGCUGCGGGAAGGUUUACGGCAAGACAUCUCACUUGCGGGCGCAUCUGCGCUGGCACACGGGCGAGCGCCCAUUUGUGUGCAAUUGGCUAUUUUGCGGAAAACGAUUCACUCGAUCCGACGAGUUGCAACGCCAUCGAAGAACUCAUACGGGCGAAAAACGUUUUGCGUGUCCAGAAUGCGGAAAACGUUUUAUGCGAAGUGAUCAUCUGUCAAAGCAUGUACGGACACACUCAAAUGGAAGGCCAGUCAAAGGGAAUGGCGUGAUGAGCUCAGGAGAAACCAUCGCUAUUCGGCCGAUCCCUCAACAAGAAAUUUCAAACUUGCCAGUUAUUGAACCACGGCCUGAGGAGAUCAAAACUAAAGUGGAAAGUGAUCGUUCGGCAGUUGUGGAAGUAGAUCUUCCAAAUGUUGCGGUCGCCGUUGAACAGAAUCAAUUGAGUGAGAAUGAAUAUUUUACGGGCGAUGCGACAGAACACUACCUAAACGAUAUGAGUGUUGCUCACGAAUUCGUUGCAGUUCGAAUGGAUGGAACUCCGGGUACAGCUAUUUUAGUACAAGCACAAAACUUAAACAUUAGUCAAGGUGUUUAAAGAAAUAGAGAAGAAAAAAAAACUGCAGUACACUGAUAAUCAGUUCUUAGAAUGUUUAAUUCUUUUUUAAAUUGAGAAAAUGCUUCGAUGUAAAAUUGGCAACAUUUAGUUCAACAUAUUGUAAAUUUCAAACAUGUGGCAAAAAUCUCUAGGUUUUUAAGAUUUGUGGAAAGCUGAAAUAGAGUGAUCUUUCGAUUUAAGAUGUGCAAGAUUUUUGUGCUUCGAUCGAGUUAAUCAAAUUGGAUCGAAUCCAAUUUGAAUAGCGUUGUGUAUAUUAUUCAAAUAAUCUAUAUAUGUAUGUGUGGGAAAGCAAACUUUAGUUUGCGUUGUCGUAAUUGUGCUGAAGUAAAUAAGAAAAUUCUAAAAUUACCACACCAGUUAGGUGUCUAUAUAUGAUGGGAUUUGCUACCCUCUGUUGUUAAAUAAUCUACUGGAUGUAUGAUUAUAUUUUUACAAUUCAAUCUGACUUUUUUAAGGCCUUGUAAGUUAUUGAAUUAUUUAUAACUGCUUGCAUGUUUCACCCGAAACUGAAAGGAAUUUUAAUAUCAUUUUUAGUUUUCAUGGAAAAAUUGUAAUCGUAGCUCUCUUCAUAGCAUAACAGAAGUCUUGCCUAAGUGACUUGUACAGAAAACAACAAAGAUGGAAAAUUAGGAUUUUUCUAAAAGUUACUGGCUUUGAAUGAGAAUGAUCUUUGCAAGCAUUAUGCAUAACUUUUUUGAAAAUGUAUAUUUGUACAAAGAGGAAGUUAUAUUCUGACCAAUCUAUUUUUAUUAAACUUAGUGAAGGAAUUUA